AUGGAGCUCACCCUAUACGGAAUCGAAUACGCCCCGCGGCCUUCCAUCAAGACUCAAGCCUUAGCUGACUUCAUAGUAGAAUGCUCCGCCUACCCGGUCGAGGGCUCAUUGGUCGAAGGCCCAAAAACAGCGGAAUUGUGGGAAAUACAUACUGAUGGUGCGGGCGGCUCCAAACACUGUAUGGGUGGGGUAAUGGUCACAACCCCUGAAGGGUUCCGCCUGUACUACGUCUUGAGGGAAGAAAGGCUAGUGCUUUACAAAGACGUGGCCGAAGGGUUAUUAGAUAAAUUGGAGGCCUACGAGAUUACUCACAUCCUGCGAGCUGAGAAUACGGAGGCAGAUAUCCUAUCUAAGUUGGCGUCGGGAAGUACGCCUUCGCACCUGUCGAUGGCUCGUCGCACCGAGGUCAUAGAGCGGCCGAGCACCGAAGUGCUCUCGGUUUGCACAGUUCUCCGGGUGUCCUCUCCCCCGCCUGACAAAACAACCUCAUCCGACUGGCCGUGGUUUGCGGACAUGGUCAGAUACAAAGAAAAGGCAGAGUUGCUCAAUAAAAAGGAAGACGCUGAUCACAUUAGGAGGAGGGCUUCGUCCUACAAGUUGGUGGACGGGUUGCUCUACAAACGAUCCUUUGGGGGCCGACUGCUAUGUUGCCUGCCUCCCGAAGAAGCUAGGACCGUGAUGGCGGCCAACCAUCGAGGGAUCUGCGCGGCCCACCAGGGCGCCAACACAUUGGCCAGAAAGCUCGUCAUUCAGGGCUAUUACUGGCCGACCAUGAUAAAGGAUUAUGUCGAAGAAGUGCUAAGAUGUCCCGUCUGCCAAAUGUUCGCUAGAAAGGGCACCCGACCAGUGACCUUCUAUACACCAAUCACCACGGCGAUCCCAUUCGCCAAGUGGGGCAUCGACCUACUCGGACGGCUCCUCUAG